AUGGGACUCUGCAGCCCUGAUAGCUGCCCAAAAAAGGAACCUCUUACACAACAGAAUGCCGGGUUCUUGACCAGGACGGGCCUACGAGAUACUAAGGCACUGUUAGCUCCAUUCAACAGCCUUGGCCGAAUCAAAUGCACCUGCAUCUGUAAAUCCCGCCUAACAAGCAAGGUUGGAGCAAUACCAUCGGCGGCGUCGUUCGCGUUGAAAGCCAACGCUGAUAUGUUUGGUCAAAAGGUUAUUUUGCUGUCGCCCAAUAUUCAUGAACCAAGAAAAGGCACGGCUUGCCAACACCUGCUUUGCAUUCUCAGGGAAUCUCAAGAUAUUGUACAGAAAUUGCGACAAAAGUACCACUCUUGCAAACAAAGGAAUUCUAAACCAAUCGAUGAAAAAAACAAACCUCAGCUCAAAAAGAAUAAGGAAAAAAUAAAAAAUAGCAAAUAG